AUGAAUCUUGAAGACUUACUUGAAGGUCAACAAAGUGUAGCGGAUCUUCUUGAUCAUCAUCGCCGUCUAAACCGCCAGCAAUUGCAAAACCAAGUAAGUCAAAACUCAUCUAUAAAGAGCGAAGAAGAGAAGAGUGAUGGGUUGCUAAAGAAGAAACAAAAACUUCGUCUUCAAAGAGAUGUGAUGAAAAUGCAAGGGGAGCUAGAGGAGGAGCAAGCACUCAACAAGGCUUUACGUGGUAUACUUCUUGGACCAGUCAUGUCUCAGCCUCGUCUCUCUUUACUGCUUCUUCCUCCUGAGGUUCAAGAUAUAAUAGAGGAGCUUACUAUGGUUGAGGCAGAGAUAACCUGCCUCGAGAAACAAAUCCAAGACCUGAAACAUGAUGCGUAUAGUGAGAGGAAAGUGAAUCAAGAACUUGAAGCCAAAUAUGAUGAAAGAGAAGAGAGGAUGAUGAUGAUGACUACUCCUAAGAAACUUCUACAAAGGCAGAAUCAACUUCCUUGGGAACCUGACAGUGACAUUCCAAAGAUGAGAUCUAAGGAUCUAAAACAAAGAUCCAAGUUACAGAGUUGUGAAGAUCCUCAUGGUUUCAAGGAUAUCCAAAUGAGCAAUCCCUUCUCACCAAGACACAGUUCUUCGACUUUUUCAAGAAUGCAAGAUAUCAAGAACGUUCAAAUGAGCAAUCCCUUCUCACCAAGACACCGUUCUUCGACUUUUUCAAGAAUGCAAGAUAGCAAUAAAGGGCAAGAGACGACACCAAAUGGAGUAUCAGAAGAUCUGUUGAAGUGCUUGAUGGGAAUCUAUUUGGAACUCAACAAGUCAUCGCGAGAGAGAGAAGGGUCAAGAACGGUUUCAAAGCUGAGCCUCUCACACCUGAAGAACGCUUCUUUCAAACGCAAAUCAGUGUAUGGGCAGAACGCAUCAAAUCUUGAUCCUUAUGGAGUUGUGAUGGGGACUUGUAUCAGAGACAUUGGAGAGUACAAGAACUUCAUCCACAUCACUCGAACUUGCAUUGAUGUUAGCCGUCUAUCUGAUUGCUCAACUUCUCUUGUCAAUCUAAGGUACUUCAGUGUCAUCUUCCUUCUUAAUUAUCUGUUGAGACUAUAUUUCGAUUGUUACUACGAUAUAGAAGGGCCGCUACUACAAAUAGUACUACACCCUUUGAUCGUGAAAUAUCCAUUGCUUGUUGAAGAUUUCAUUUAAAACACACACAUGUGUAGGGUUUUGAAGGAGAAGUUGAGCAAAGUGGAUCUGAGUUUCUUGAAUCACAAGAAAAAGAUGACAUUCUGGAUCAAUACCUACAACGCAUGCGUCAUGAAUGGAUUUUUGGAACAUGGACUACCUUCAUCAAAGGAGAAACUACUGACCAUUCUCAAAAUGGUACUUAAUUAAUACAUAACAAGAAGAGUCAUCUUGUUAAACUUCUCAUAGUUAAAUCACAUUGACUUGUGUUGUAGGCAACUAUUGACGUGGGAGGCACGCAACUAUCUGCCCUAGAUAUUGAAGGAUCCAUCUUGCAUAGUCCAUGCAAACCCUUGGAAGCUCUAAGUACUGAUGUACACAAACGGUACGGAUUCAGAUGCGUUGAACCGAACCUAAUGUUCGUGCUUUGUCGUGGAGAUUGGUCUUCGCCUGCAGUAAGUUCACUCUUUUUCUCCAUGCGUGCGGUUAGAUAAGUGUUUCUUCAGAGUUAUUAAAGUGACAAAGAAUCUGUGUAUGCAUGAUAUAGUUGAGAGUCUAUACAGCAGAAGAUGUGGUGAACGAACUAAUCAAAGCAAGAACCGAGUACUUAGAAGCCUCCAUAGGUAUCUCGGGGAGGAAAAAGAUUGUGAUUCCGAGAUUCUUGCACAAGCGUCUUCGUGAUUUCGCAGAUGAUGAAGGGACAUUAGUUGAGUGGAUAUGCAGGCAGCUACCACCAGGACAACGUUGCUUGCAGCUCAAGGAAACAGCAAUGGAAUGGCUGAAGAAGCAAAGUGAGUCGUCUUUGAACAAAUUAAUAGAAGUAAGGCCUCACGAAUACGAGUUUCGCUAUCUCUUACAUUUGUAAAUCUAAUCCUUCUCUUGGUAUUUGGACCAUGUGUAACGAAGUUGUUAUAUAUAUAUGCUCGUGUGUCAUAAGAAGUUAUGGGUUGAUUAUGAAUAGCUGGAUGAAACAUUCGUUUGGUCUCCAAAUAUUUUAAUAAACUAUUAUACAUAGGUUACAUGAAACCCAAAUUAUCAGUCUUUUAUUAAAAUUAAUCUAGAAAUAUGGUCCCACAUAUUUCAUAUCCGAUGCCAAGUUGUGAUGUUCCGAAUACUGGCAAAUAAAAAAAAAAUCAUUUACAAACCAAAGGCUGAUGAUGGUGGAGUCCUCACAUAUUUGGCAAAAGAAGAGUCCUCACAUGCCAAAAAAUAGAUGAACAAAUCGUUUUGUAGACGGGAAAAGCUGCAACUAGGGAUGUCAUGACAUACGAUAUAACAAAAGAAACCUUGAAUAUAUUAAAAACAUGUUUAAAUACGAUUAUAACAUGGCAACACAACUAGUCCACGAGCUCGAUCGAAACAAUGUUGUUAAUGUAUUGUAUAUUAAUCUCUUAGCACUUGGGAGUUGGAGCUUGACAAUAUUUGAUAAGCCUCAUAGCAGGUGCUUUAAGCGAAGGGUACUUAAAUAACAAACACAUACAUUGUUGAGGGCCUGUCUUUCUCAGUCUGGGACAACAGUCUUUUUGCACGAGACUCCAUUCAUUUUUAUUCAUCGCGGUUAUGCAUUUAUCAAGUUGAGUGUCGCAGCCAACGAUACCUUGAGCUUUGAUCGGAUCCAGAAAUGA